CCCCCUUCUUUUUCUGUGUCCCAUUUCGUCGAACACCUUUCGAGCUCCCCUCGCGUCUCCCACUCUCUCCUGAGCUCCAUUAAUCUCUCUCUUCCCUUCAUUCUCUGUCUACGUCGUCUUCGUUUUCUCCACUCUCCGCUGAGGAUUGGUAGGAAAAAGCAAUGGCGAAUCUUUCCGGUCUGAGUACAGGAGCCGCAAACCCGAAUCCAAACAAAUCUUUUGAGGUUCUGCCCUCUCCUAGUGAUUCUGUCUCGAGCCUUAGUUUCAGCCCAAAAGGAAAUUUCCUGGCGGCUACUUCUUGGGAUAAUCAGGUUAGAUGCUGGGAGAUUCUUUCUGGGAGCAGUCAGCCGAAAGCAUCAAUUUCACAUGAACAUCCGGUUCUAUGCUCGACUUGGAAGGAUGAUGGGAUGACUGUGUUUUCUGGAGGCUGUGACAAGACCGUCAAGAUGUGGCCAUUAAUGACUGGUGGGCAGCCUGCUACAGUGGCUGCUCAUGAUGCACCUGUUAAGGAGCUUGCUUGGAUCCCCCAAAUGAAUCUUCUUGUUACAGGCAGCUGGGAUAAAACAUUGAAGUACUGGGAUACUAGACAACCACAGCCUGUUCAUACACAGCAGCUCCCUGAGCGUUGCUAUGCUAUGACGGUCCGGUAUCCUCUUAUGGUUGUUGGGACGGCAGAUCGACAGCUGAUAGUUUACAAUUUGCAAAAUCCUCAGACAGAGUUCAAGAGAAUUCAGUCACCUCUGAAGUACCAGACACGAUGCCUUGCUGCAUUUCCUGAUCAACAAGGUUUUCUGGUGGGCUCUAUAGAAGGAAGAGUCGGCGUCCACCAUUUGGAUGAUGCACAACAGAGUAAAAACUUUACAUUCAAAUGCCACAGAGAAGGCACUGAGAUUUACUCUGUGAACUCAUUGAACUUUCAUCCUGUGCAUGGCACGUUUGCCACUGCAGGAUCAGAUGGAGCUUUCAACUUCUGGGACAAAGACAGUAAACAAAGACUUAAGGCUAUGGCUAGGUGUCCUCAUCCUAUCCCCUGCAGUACAUUCAACCAAGAUGGUUCAAUAUUUGCCUAUGCGGUGUGCUAUGACUGGAGCAAGGGUGCUGAGAAUCAUAAUCCGGCUACUGCAAAGACGUAUAUCUAUCUUCAUACGCCACAGGAAUCUGAGGUGAAAGGAAAGCCGCGUAUCGGAACUGGCAGCAGAAAGUAAACUUUGAAAGGAUGUUUAAGUCGAAGAAGCAUGGCGUGCUUGUACACUUGGUCUUCUCUGCACCCUUGUAUACUUGAGGGAAAUAUGGGUGUGCUUCUUCCGCUUCUAGCUUUGUCCUCUUCAUAUUGCACAGUAUCAAGCUAGUUCUGACCGUGUUAGUUCAUUGCUUUUGGUAGGUGUAUGUUAGGGUUUGGCGUUUUCAACUGCUAGAUAUUGAAGAGGCUCGUUCGUUUUAGUAGUUGUAUGUUAGGGUUUGGCGUUUUCUAGUGCAAGAUAUUGAGGAGGCUUCAUAAUGGAUCAUGACUCCCUUUUAAAUGCAGAUUGUCUUGAUUUUCGGUUGUGGAAGGUUUGACCCCUUCCCUGUCGGUGGCAGGUUGAGGUACUCGAGAUAAUGUAGAAGUUUUUUUUUUUUUUAUUCGUUGUAUUAACUUUUCCUUGAGAAAACUCUUUUUUUUCCAUUUCUAAAUUUGGAUUCUGUAAUGCGUGUAAUCAGCCCGACAAUUGAAACCCUGGAAUCGCUCAUAUCGUCAGGCAAGCGAGCCACCUUGUGAAUGGGGGGGUGAAAAGAAAUAGCCUCUCUUUGAUUACGUUUGGACUUAUAUGAUUACUUUUAUGUAAUAUGAUCCCCAGUAUUGGUGUG